AGGUUAGGUUAAGGCUGGAGUUAUGGAGCUGUGGAUGUCGUCGGCGACGGCGGCUCUGGCAGGGUGGUCGGGCUGGGGCGGGACGUGGAGGAACGCUUGGGCGGGCUGGCCGGCAUGGGAGCUGCUGACCGCCUGCGCCGUGAUCGGCGCCCUGGGCUUGCUGCUGCGCUUGUGGGACAGGAGAGCCGGGGGCCGCCGAGGCCUAGAAGCUGGAGCAGGGGCUGCCCCGCCGGGCUCGACUCCUGGGCCUGAGGAGAAGCCCAGCUGCCGGGGGAGUCGCCAAGGGGUAAUAACAAUGGAUAACAUAUUGUCACGCCUGAAGCAGCUAACUCCUGAUGAGCUGAGAGAAGAAAUUGUCAAGGCAGGACAGAAAUGUGGUCCUAUUACACUAACCACUAGGUCAAUUUUUGAAAAAAGACUGGCCCAGUCACUGUGGGAAGAGCAAGGAGAGGCAUCUGUUUCAAACGGAACUGCAACAGCUGAUAAUGGCCAGUUAGAAACCAACAAGCCUCCUGUGAGUCAAAAUGGUCAUGUAGGCUCUUCUGAAGAUGCUGAUUUUGGGUACAGUAUGGGUUUAAACCCACCAGAAGAGGAAGCCCUAAUGCGUAAGAUGGGUCCUGGAUCCAGUGAUGAAGCUGCUGGAGCUGAUUCUCCAACAAGUUCACAGACUCCUUCUAAGGAACCUCAGCAAUACUAUGGAGUAUGUCCAGUUUAUGAUGAUAUAUUGGCGAGAAAUGAGAGAGUGCAUGUGUAUGAGGAUAAAAAGGAAGCUUUGCAAACUGUUAAAAUGAUAAAAGGCUCACGAUUUAAAGCUUUCUCAAACAGAGAAGAUGCAGAGAAAUUUGCUAAAGGAAUAUGUGAUUAUUUCCCCUCUCCAACCAAGUCCUCUUUAGCCUUGUCUCCUGUGAAAGUUUGCUCAGUUUUUAACAGAGAUGGGUUAUGCUCUCCUGAGAUGGAAACAGUUAGUAAAGAGAGAGCCAACAGUUUUAAAAGUCCCCGUACACAGGAUCUGACUGCCAAACUUCGGAAAGCUGUUGAGAAAGGAGAUGAAACUGCAUUCUUGGAACUUAUCUGGAGUAAUCCUCGCUAUCUCAUUGGUUCUGGAGACAACCCAACAAUUGUCCAGGAAGGCUGCAGGUACAAUGUCAUGCAUGUGGCAGCCAAGGAGAAUCAGGCUGGUAUCUGCCGGUUGCUGUUGGACACUUUGGAAAAUCCUGAAUUUAUGCGGAUGAUGUAUCCGGAUGAUGAUAUGAUCAUGUUACAGAAGCGUAUCAGAUACAUAGUUGACCUCUAUCUUAAUACACCAGAUAAAAUGGGUUUUGACACACCAUUGCAUUUUGCUUGCAAGUUUGGGAACCCAGAUGUCGUUAGUGUGCUUACCUCGCACCCAGAUAUUGAAAAGCACUCAAAGAACAAGUAUGAACAAGCACCAGCAGACGUAAUUUGUGAGAGGAGCAAAAAUAAAUCUGUGGAUCUGAAAGAGAAAAUCAGGGAAUAUUUGAAAGGUCAGUAUUAUGUGCCGCUCUUUCGGGCAGAAGACAAUGCCUCACCACCUGUGAUUGGAUCACCUUGGUCACCUGACCAGACAGAUGAUAGCCCACGUGUUUCUCUGCCCAGAUGUGUAGGCAGCCCUAAAGAUCCUGUGCUAACAGUGAGGGCUUACGCUGGCCCAAUGAGCCCUUCCAAGGCAGAUGAAUUCCGCAGGCUUUGGAAGACUCCACCUCGAGAGAGAGCAGGAUUUUUUCACAAUCUUCGAAAAUCUGAUCUGGAAAGAGGGGUUGAAAGAGUUGGAAGGGAGUUAGCUCAUGAACGGGGGUACCCAUGGGUUGAAUACUGGGAAUUUCUGGGCUGUUUUGUUGAUCUGUCUUCCCAGGAGGGGUUACGAACUCUUGAAGAAUACUUGAAUCAACGGGAAAUGAGCGAUAAAGCUCAGCAAGAAACAGGGGAGAAUGAAACCCACAACAGACACAAAACUGCACAACUUUCUGGCAAAGGUAAAAAAAGCUGCAAUUCUAUCUCUGUUGGAGCUUUUUUAGAUGACGAUGACAUGAGCUUGGAAGAAGUUAAGAACAGGCAGAACGCAGCUCGGAACUACAGCCGGGCAAAUGCAUCCAGUGAGCCGACAAUCAGUGACAUUGGAAGUUCAGAGCGUGACAUCCUUUCCAUUGCACAUACUGGAGGGAUAAUACCAAUGGCCGACAUCUCUAACGGCCACUAUGAGAAUGGCAAUCCAGCGAGUAAAAAUGGAUGUUGUAGUUCUGUGCCGAGGGAUAGGACAGUAAGCACUCACGGGAGACAUCCCAGCCGAGAAGAGGCCCUUCCGUCACCUGUCUCUAACUUAAUGGAAGAAUUUGAUAAACUGGCUUGUCAGGAGCACGCAGUGGGAGAUGAAGAAGAUGGGAAGGCAAGCCAGGCCAUUUCAGAAAGUGAGAACAAGAGAUUUCAGAAAGAAAGCACGAGGCAGCUUAGGAAACCCAGGGACCACCUUACUAAGACGGGUACAGCUGCUGGAAAGACAGAGGGCACAAAAAUAAGGACAGACGAGAAAAUGCCACUUGAUGGAAGACCAUCAGCAGAAAUGGAUGUCCGGUGCAAAGAGACAAAGCAGGUUAGCAAUUCUGAACUGCAGCCCAAGAUGUCUCCAGGAUGUCUCUCAGAGAACUCACCUGAAAGAGUCAAGAAGCUGUUUCUUUUAGGUGAGAAGCCAUCCAAGUUGGACAAUGAUGUGUUAACAGCUCUAAACGGAGUAGAGAUUGACUCACAAAGAUAUCCUACUAUCUAUAGGUGGUCUGCAUCUGUACAGUCCUGCUCACCUUCUGACCGGCAAAGUUGGUCAAGUCCAACACCGAAAGGUUGUUUCAAGAGACAAACAGUUCGAAGCCCGUCAGGUGGUCCACUGUAUUGUAGCCCAGGAAUGAACUCUCUGGUAUUCAAUAGCCCUGGCAAGUACAGCACAGCUGCUGCCAGUUUUUCUCCAGAAUUUGUGAGCCCUGGACGGUACAGCCCAGCAUAUGUGAACCACAUUCUGUUAUCCAAACUGCAUCAUCUUUCAGGAGCACCGACUCAUUAGAAUAGAACUUUUUUUUUUUAAUAAUGAAAGGUUUUUUCCUUUCUCUAAACUGAAGGGAAAAUUAUGGUGUUGAAACACUUGACGUGGUGUGUUUUUGUUCUUGGAAGAAGGGGCUGUUUGCAGAAAAUGUCUUCAUUCCAUUUUAGUAGAUUAGAUUAGUAAGUUAUGUGUUUGUAAAGAGAGGGUCUCCUUCUAAACAGUAGAACUAAAACAUUCCUAAAAGUAAUCCUGGCUAGAAAGGAUGGCCUUUUUGUGCAACAAGAAGUGCUUGUCGCCAAGUCUGCUUUACUCUAGCGUCUCCACAUUCAUAACCUUUUCAUAGUAGCCGGUGUAGACAACAGAACACUCAUGAUAUCAGGUUGUGUACUAAGAUGAGUCUUCCAGUUGACGUGAGAGAGAAUGGCUUUUUUUCCCCCAGUCUGCUUGAAAACUGAACUGUUCAUCAGUGUACAUAGGCAACAGAUUUAUGGAUGACUGUUUAAUUAAAAUUAAAGUUGGCUAAAAAAGCAGCAGGUGAUCACUUAAGUGUCCUAUGUUGAAACUUUAUAAGCAAGAUCUAAUGUUAGAAAUUAAUGACAAUGUUUAAGUAUGUGUUCGAAUAGUUUUCUGUCCCACCACCCAUGCAUUUGUCAUGGGCAGACUUUACAGUUCCCACAUACAGUCAGCAUUAGCAAUAACAUUACAACAUUUUCCAAAUGUUCUAUUGUGGUCUCAUUUAUUAUCACACGAUGGGAACUGGUUUGCUUGAACUUCCCAGAAUAGGUAACAGAAAGGUCCCACUAAAAUACUUUGUAAUUUAUCUUGAGAGCUAAAGAUGUAGCAAUUUUAGGAAUGAACCAACAUGUUUUUGUUGUAUCGAUGAGCCUUCAUAGCAGCAUAAUUCUGCAGCUGCCCAUAAAGCUAUCCAUUGUCUUGACUCAUGUAUAUGUUAUUUAGAAUAUAUCUAGCAAGAGGUACUUUUUUUCCAACAUAGUGCUUGAAGAGAAAGUGAGAGGAGAAGGGGGAGACUAUCCGGCUUGGAAUCAUUACUGUGUCAGUUGACUGGUUUGGUGUCUUUCUUACACCAGGUGUAAUAACCAUUUUCUAUACUGUUCCAGUACUCUACUCCAGAACCGCACUUAAGGCUCUUCCAAUUUUAUUAGUGCCUUUUGUAACAUUUUUAUGUUGUUUAAUAAUAAGUGCUGUUCCCUUAUGCAAGCACUUCGGUUCAUUUUAACUUUCCAACACCUAGGUAAAGUGUUUUUAAGCUUUUUUACAUUGUUCGGAGAGGCUGGAAACAGCUUUUUGCUACAUAGUAUAUUUAUUUUAAAUCAUAGGUUAUAUAGCUGGCCUACAUGUAAACUAAUGAAUGUAUUUGCAGUUAUGAUAACCCAUUUAUUAUGUAUCACUUCCUAGUUUUAAAUAAUUGGAUAUUCAAAACAUGGUGCAAACUGUUUUACUUUUAUAUGUUUGUUCCAUAUUUUGCCUGUGAAUUAAUAGUCUCACAUUUUACCCUUAAGUAGCAAAACAGAUUGCAAGAGUGUUGUCCUGCACAGCGAGAAGCUAGUUUUGACAGCUUGAUAUAUUAGGGAUUUCAGCUCUGCAAAAGUGUGGAAAGAAGUUUCCUAAAGAUUCCAGUGGGAGGGCAACAUUGCCAACAUUAGAAUUCAAUUUCUAGAAAUACUACAGUGUGGUAUUCUCUGCUAAGAAGUCCAAACUUGACUUGGGAAACCCAUUCCCCACUCUGUAUCUCUGACAAAGCUGGAAACAAACCAGACAGGAAUGCUUUUACUUAGCUAUGUAUGGCCAACUACUGAACACAUUCAAAGGUCCUUGUAGAACUCUGUCAACAAAUUGAAAAUGUUCACUAGGAAACAUCAGCAGAACGUUGAUUUAAAAAAAAAAUUAAACCAACAGUGUUUUAUAUCUUCUUCUUUGCCCUUGUGAUAUGUAUGCAUUUUUGUAUUUAAGUGUGUACUUCUGGAGCACAAACUCUGUAACACUUGUGUGUUGGUGGGGAGGGGUCCAAAGGGUUGGUGUUAGAGUAACAUUAAUGUGACUAGAAUUCACAUUUGAGUCUUUUUUUUUUUUUUUGGUCAAUUGUGUUACCUGACUUUUUAACCACCUUAUUAAAUUUGCUUAUUUAAAAACA